AUGCAAGCUUCGAAUAUUCAAUCACAUGUUAUUCCUAUGGGUUCCGAUCAAUUCUUUAAUCAAGGUCAACCAAAUGAGCAACCCAACAUGGGGAUAGGUAUCCCACAGAUGUUUUCUUCACAAGUGAAUAGAUCUGGUGUAUUAACCCAACAACCUGGUAUGUUGCCAAAUAUGCAGGCUAUGGGAACUAACCAGGAUCAAAAUAAUCAGUAUGUCAUGAAUAAGAAAAUGGAUCCUGUUUUGGCGCACCAAUUAUUGAAUCAGGUGGCAGGACACACUAGUCAAAAUCAAGUUCAACAAGGACAACAACAAAACUUCAAUAUGCCUAUGGGUGUUUUACCACCUAGAUUGAAUGCAUAUCAACAACAGCAACAGAAACAGCAGCCACAAACACAAUCACAGUCACAAGUCCAAACACAAACCCAACAACAACAGUUAUGUCAGCAGGGUCAACUUGGUUUACAACAACAAAUACAAGUACAAUUACAAGCACAAGCACAACCAGAUAUUCCAACCAUCAACAAUCAACAAAUUCCAGGGCAAAUUAAUGUGCCAAAUUCCUUGGGUCCAAUACCACCUAUGUUAUUGCCUCCCCCAAAUCAUUUGUUUGUAAGGGAUGUUUGGAAGAACAACCUUUAUAGUGAAUUCCAGACAAUCAGACGAUUAUUUCCACAGUAUAACUAUAUAUCAAUCAGUACAGAAUUUGUUGGUACUUUGGCAAGACCGAUUGGUAAUUUCAGAUCUCGUGAAGACUAUCAUUAUCAAACAAUGAGAGCAAAUGUAGAUUUAUUGAAUCCAAUUCAAGUAGGUAUUUCAUUGAGUGAUGUCUAUGGGAAUAAACCAGAAAACGAACCAUCUACAUGGCAAUUCAAUUUAGAAUUUGAUAUAAGUAAGGAAAUGAUAUCUAGUGAAUCCCUAGAUUUAUUAAGAAAGUUAGCAAUUAACCCUGAAAUGCAUAAAACAAAUGGUAUUAAGGCAUUUGAAUUUGCACAACUGAUGAUAGAGUCUGGUUUGUUGAUGGAUGAAAAUAUUACAUGGAUCACAUAUCACUCAGCAUACGAUUUAGGUUUCUUAAUAAGCAUAUUGAUGAAUGAUAUCAUGCCAAACAAUAGAAAAGAUUUUGAAUGGUGGGUACAUGAAUAUAUGCCAAGUCUUUUUGAUUUAAACUUAUUAUAUAAAAUAGUUCGUGGAUACAAGUAUUCUUCAUCACAAGGUAAUUUACAACCACAACAACAGCCUCCACCUAUGGAAGUCACGUUGGCUACUUUAGCUACCGAUAUAGGUUUACCAAGAUUUCCAGUUUUCACCACUACAGGUGGACAAAGUUUACUAAUACUGUUAUCGUUCUGCCAACUAAACAAAAUGUUUAUGCAUACCUUCCCAGAUGGCUCUGAUUUUGAUACAAUUAAGAAUGUAAUAUACGGCAUUGAGGGGUGA